UUAUUUUUAUCUUACAUAGUUUCAAAAUUUUCUCUUCCAACUUCGGGUUGUCUAUAACUCGAUUUUUAAUUUUGGGAAUUCAACUGAAAAUAAUCAUGUGGUUUGCUAAAGUAUUUAAAUGUGUGUACACAACAGCUGUUCAACACACGAUCGCUAAUGCAAAGACUGUGAAGAAACUAUGUGUACCGAAAAUCCAGGCUAAUCCCUUACAUUCCUCUGAUGAAAAUGCUUUGAACCUGAAGAAUAAUACACAUCAGCCAGCGAAUUGCUUGGAAGAGGUUAACAAGUACACUGAAAAAGAAAUGUCAAAUCAUGAUUCUACAGCAUGUGUGGUAAAAGGUGAUCAAUCAUAUAGUUGUUCCGGCUUUGUAUUAACUGAAACGCCCAAUGAAGAGGAUUUUAAAAACUUCACAACUAAACUGCCAUCUGCAAGAGAACACUCACAUGAUAUGCUGAACAAAUGCACAUCAAAAGAUGAGGAAUCAAAUUCUGUUAAGAAUACACAAACGAAAUCAUCUAACACUGCAGCGAAUACGAAAGCCUUGGUCAAAGCUUUCAAAUCGAUAGCCACUUCUAGGUCUAACAGGAGUGUUUUUUCAGGUAAAUUAAAUAAUAAUUUAUGUCCAUUAGCUAUGAGCAGGUUCGGGGUGCAAACGUUUGUACAUCGAAUGUACUCAAAUAAGAGCGGCAAUAAAAUUGACAUAUUCGAUGUUAACUGGGAAGACCAGCAGUCAGAUGAUGACGAGGAGGAAUAUGACGAUCAGGUACGUCUACCAACAAAAUGUUUUUCCAGUCUGCAGGAAUGUCCAUUGACACCCAUUGAUAUCGAUGCAUGGGAGGAUGAGGAUGUAGCUAAGGAGGGAACCCUGCUUAUAAAACCUUAUGCGGAUAAUCCUUUUGAAUAUCCUCCACCACCAAAGAAUCGCACUGGAGAAUACAAGUUUAGAGGCGUCACGGUCGUUCUUCCAAAAUCGUGGCUAACACCAGGACUGUACCGCUAUCGUUAUGACAAGAAAGACAAAGAUGAAUUGGCUGAUGAUAUUCGUGUUAUUAAAUUCCCAAAGUAAAGUAAAAUUUUAUCUGAACGAAGACUUGUAAAAAUGUAUGAAGAAUGGAGAAUGGAAAAAAUUUGAUAUACUUUUGUAAAUCAGAAAAAAACUAGCUAAUUAGUCUGCCCUAGUAAAUUUUAGCGAGUCUUCUAUAUUUUAAUACAUUUUUCCCACAUCAUGCAAAUAAAAUAAAUUUUUGGCAAUGACA